UCAGUCAUGAGAAGCAUUGUAUUAAGUUCUGUAUGAGACUUUUUAGUGAGUUUUAGUAUUUGAGAAAAAUCUAUUGCAUAUUGAGUACUAAAUUUAAACAUUUUCGUCCCAAAAUGAAUGCGAUUGAUGAAUACGGUUUCCUUCGCUCACCUGCGGUGUUCGAGAAGCCUAAGCAAGCGAAUUUUAGUCCUUAUGAAAACAAUCAAGGGAGUAUUGUUGCCGUCUCUGGAGAAGACUUUGCUGUUAUUGCUUCAGAUACUAGGCUGAGUUCUGGUUUUUCAAUUUAUUCUCGCAAUCAACCAAAACUGUUUAAAUUAUCAAAUAAAACUGUUCUUGGUUCUGCAGGAUGCUGGUGUGAUGUUUUGACUUUUACUAGGAUUCUUGAAGCUAGAAUGAAGAUGUAUGAACAUGAACAUAACAAAGAAAUGAGUACUCCUGCUGUUUCACAACUGAUGACAUCAUUAUUGUAUUACAAGCGAUUUUUCCCAUAUUAUGUGCAUAAUAUUGUAACUGGUUUGGACGAAGAAGGAAAAGGUGUGGUUUAUUCGUAUGAUUCUGUCGGACAUAAGGAUACAACUUCAUACAGAGCUGUUGGAUCAGCCUGUCAGUUGUUGCAACCUUUAUUGGACAAUCAAAUUGGUUAUAAAAACAUGAAAGGCUACACUAAGCCACCUCCUCUGUCACUUGAGAAAGCUGUAGCUAUAGUGAAAGAUGUAUUCAUUUCUGCUGCAGAAAGAGAUAUAUAUACUGGGGAUAGUGUGUAUAUGAACAUAAUUACUAAAGAAGGAAUCAAAGAAGAUAGUUUCCCCCUCAGGAGAGAUUAAAUGUAACACCUCAUUGAAUAUUUAUAUCUCAGUACGCUUUACUUUUUUAUAAUAAAAGCAUUGAUGAGUUUUUGAA